CACAGCAUAUGCUUACAAGUUAUGUAAAGGUAUAAGUGAAUACUUACAGCUUGGCCAAGGAGAGAUUUGAAAAAUCACUUAUAAUUAAGGAAUGUAUUGUUAAUUAUUCUUAAAGUUUUACUGAAGACUUUCAUUCAUUUUAACAGAUAAAAAUUGAAAGCUUUGUGCUGAAAACUCAUCUCACAAAACAAUUCAGUAAACAACCUUUUAGGUAAGCAGGAAUAGAAGUGCAUUUGAAAUGUCUGAGCCUAGUCUGUGGGUCCUGAUUCAGACUUUUAUGUCAGCCUAUCAAAAGCAUCCAUUUGAUAAAGGAACUGCCCACCAGUCUGUGAGUACUCAAAGAAAGCCACUAUAUUACUUAUAGACUGACUGACUGCUUUCCCUUGGCUGUAUGAAGUUGGAUGGAACUUGCAAUCUGUCCAAUCCUUGCAUCUUCAGAAGUAAUUUAGAAACUGAAACUGAAGACUAGUCUCCAUGGGUGGAUCUACAAAUCUGAAAUAAGCUAAAAACAAUCUGUUAGGCUGUAACAUAGGAGAAGAGAGGCCAGGAGUAGCUAACAGACAGCAAAACUGCCAGAAGAAAGGUUAACCUGAUUAGAGGAACAUCAAGACCAUGAAACAGGAGAGGUGGUCAUUAAUACCAGUGGAAUGAAGAGCAAUGAACCAUUAAAUCACUAUGCUUCCUGAAUAGAAAUGCCACUACUGCUGCCAGGCACUUCGCUUUAAUCUUUGGGUGAAGGAAGAAUCAAAAUGAAGUACUUGUAUUUUGGACAAAUAAAAAAAGAUUAGCUUUUCUUCUUAAGACACACAUCCCAAUUCUGGAAAGCUAAGUUUUGGGGAAAGAAUGUGUAUAGUAUGAACCGAUGCAUGAAGUGAAUGCACAGAAAAUGGAAAGACAAAUAGAGGCCAUCAAAAUAGAUGACAGUUCAGCAUCUGCAUUUCAAAUGGAAAGAAAGGUUCACAUGAAGAUAAACAGGAAAGAAAUUAUCCAAGCCAAGCUGAGGAAGAGCUGUUCCUGCACAACACAGAGACUGAAAAACACAGUCCUAGAUUUCUUCCCUGUACUACGAUGGCUUCCUAAAUACUCCUACAAAGAGUACAUCUGGGGGGACAUUAUGUCUGGGUUAGUGAUUGGGAUCAUUUUAGUUCCCCAAGCAAUAGCCUACUCCCUGCUAGCAGGUCUGAAGCCCAUUUACAGCCUUUACACAUCAUUCUUUGCCAACAUAAUUUACUUCCUGAUGGGCACUUCCCGACAUGUGUCAGUUGGCAUUUUCAGCUUAAUAAGCUUAAUGGUAGGACAAGUUGUGGACCGAGAGCUGCUCUUGGCAGGGUUUGACCUGAAUGACGAUGCUCCACCAGCCUUCAGUGACAGCUCUCCAUGGAAGAGAAAUGAUUCUAACAUAACAGCCUUCAAUCUUACCUUUGCGGGGCUGAAUGCGGAGUGUGAGAAAGAGUGCUAUGCUAUCGGAAUUGCUACAGCUUUGACCUUUCUGGCUGGAGUUUACCAAAUCCUGAUGGGAAUCUUUCGUCUUGGCUUUGUAUCUGUAUACCUUUCAGAAUCCAUGCUGGAUGGAUUUGCAACUGGUGCUUCUUUAACAAUCUUAACUGCUCAAGUUAAGUAUCUUAUUGGAAUAAAAAUCCCACGCAGCCAAGGGCUUGGGAUGCUUGUAAUGACCUGGUUUAAUAUUUUUCAAAAUAUUGCUCAGGCUAAUCUCUGUGAUGUAAUAACAAGUACUAUUUGCAUUGUUGUGUUGGUCGCUGCUAAGGAAGUGGGAGAUAGAUACAAACAUAAACUGAAAUUCCCACUUCCGACAGAGUUGGUGAUUAUUGUUGUGGCCACACUGGUUUCACAUUAUGGGAAACUGAAUGAAGUUUAUGGAUCCAGUGUCUCAGGUGCAAUUCCAACUGGAUUCAUUCCUCCCCAGGUGCCAAGUUUCAAUCUAAUGUUUCGAGUUGCUGUAGAUGCUGUGCCUCUUGCUAUAGUUAGCUUUGCAUUCACAGUCUCCUUAUCAGAAAUGUUUGCCAAGAAAUAUGCCUAUACGAUCAGAGCCAAUCAGGAAAUGUUUGCUAUAGCAUUCUGCAACAUUAUUCCAUCUUUUUUCCAUUCCUUUGCAACCAGUGCAGCUCUUGCAAAAACUCUGGUCAAAACUUCUACAGGCUGUGAGACACAGGUAUCAAGCGUUGUUAGUGCCAUGGUAGUGCUGCUGGUCCUGCUGUUCUUAGCACCACUGUUUUAUUCUUUGCAAAAGUGUGUCUUGGCAUGUAUCAUCAUAGUCAGUCUCAGAGGAGCCCUUCGGAAGUUCAAAGACGUGCCACAGCGAUACUACCUGAACAAAGUGGACACUGUAGUCUGGUGUGUGACUAUGCUCUCCUCUGCCCUAAUCAGCACAGAAGUUGGGCUUUUAGUUGGUGUUGCCUUUUCCAUGCUGUCCAUCAUUGGUCGGACUCAGCGGCCGCCUACUGCCCUGCUGAGUCAGAUCCCCAGCACUGUCUUUUAUGAGAAUGAUCAGGAAUAUGAAAAUCUCUCCCCUGUUCCAAAGGUCAAAAUAUUCCGUUUUGAAGCACCACUUUACUAUGCAAACAAAGACUUUUUCGUGAAGUCUCUCUAUAGAAUGACAGGGCUAGAUCCUACACUGGAAGUUGCAAGAAGGAAGAAGCAGGACAAGAGGGAAAAAGAGCAUCUAAAGAAGGAAAACCAAGCUACAAACGUUAAUGGAUUCAGUCAGGCAGAUACAACUUUACACUUGGUCCCUAAACAACUUGAUUUCCAAACCAUCAUCAUAGACUGUUCCUCCUUCUCAUUUUUAGACAUACCUGGUGUCAACACACUGAAGGAAAUAUUGAAAGACUAUGGGGCACUAAACAUCGCUAUUCUUCUGGCUUGCUGCACUCCCUCUGUGAUUGACUCUCUGAAAAGAGGGGGGUAUUUUGAGAAGGAUGAUAGAAACAUGCAUGAAAUGCUGUUCUAUAGCGUACACAGUGCCGUGCAGUUUGCAAGGGACAGAAAGCCUUUGGCAGACAAUUCCACUGUUUAGCCUGAAAGGUCCAUAGUUUCUCCUAUGUUGCUUUCCACAUAAGUGGGACAGUUUAAAGUAAUUCCCAUUAAAAAAAGGCAGACCCUUGACUUGCUGCUCAGGAGCAAUCUGCCUUGUUGACAUUGUCUCAGGAGGAUGUCUGCAGCAUGGUGGACCCAGCACAAGACAGUCCCUGUGAGGCUGCAGAUUACUAAUAAUGGGAUUGAGGACCAGAUGGAAAGAAACAGAAAUGCACUCAAUUACUACCUGCACUAUCACUUUAAAAUACAUAUAUUGUGCUGGAAGGCAGACUGGAAGUUGCUUUUCCCUUGAUCUACAAACUUGUACUCUGGGGCCAGAUCCAGCAUGCCACUUAGGCGCCUAAGUAUUUUACUCUUUAAGUCCUUGAAAAAUCAUCAACACCAGCCUUCAUCUUAACCUUAAAACCAGGUUACAAUAUGUGGCAAGCAGAAAUACAGUCCACACACCCCUGUUCUGAACAAAUAGUUUUACAGAGGUCAGAACAGAGUAGAAAAGGAUUGCCCUUAGAGGUGGGUGCACACAUGCCUCAGGGCUAGUGGUGGGGAAGGGGCUAAGGCUAUGCUUUCACAGUAAGGAUUGGGCCCCUCUUGGCUCCCCAACUGUCCACCCUGGCACGUCGACAUCUUACAAGUUGAGGUGGUUGUUUCUGGCACUGCUCAAAAACGUUGCUGACCUCUGCUCUGGUACAUCAUCCUAUUUAUAGCAACAGAUUUAGCUCAGUUGGUUAGAUCAAGGUUGCAAGUUUGAUCCCUGAUUGUGCCAGAUGAUCUCUUGAAGUCCCUUCCAGCCUUGUCUGUGAGACAUUUUUCCCCAGUUAAGAAGACACUAGAAAACUUUACUAAUAUACUAGUAGCCUCAGGUUAUAUUAUUUAAGAUUGAAGCAAAAACAAAUAUAACUUUACUGGAAUGUGCAUUAAUUGGCUAUAUUAUAUAUUAUGUACCAAAAACAUAACUAGGCAAAAAUAAUCAAAAGACAUUUCAUUAGUCCUGUUAUCAUUAGAAUUAAAUGUACAUCUCUUUCAGAGCUUCCCUGUUCAUCUUGAGAGUGCAUCUAGUGCUUUGUUGAAAGUUAUUUCCAUACCUGAGUCCUUGUUCUAACUAGAGGUAAAAGUAGUGAAAAGGUUGUGAAAAAGGAGUUACAUUACCAUGAACAGCUAACAGACAGCAGAAUUGCAGAACAAAGGAUAGUUUCAUUAGUGUAACCUUUAAAGAUCAUUCAAAAGGAGGAUAAGGUUAUAAACGUUUGUAAAAUGAAGGGUUUAGAGGGAAUCAGGUGUAUAAUGAGCCAGGUUCCUCAGCUGACUCCCUCAUUUCUGCUGCUACCACUGUCAGACAGUUGGUUUUAAACUUUGGAUGGAGCAGGAAUCAAAGUGGUGGGGAGGAGCGGUGGGCAGGCAAGGGGAGACAUUAAACUGCACCACUGUAUCCUGCCCCACUUGGAUCCGACCCUGCAUGGUUGUAUGAAUCAGACACAUCAAAAGGCAUGACGAUUACACUCAGAUUUGCUGUGAGAAAAUGCUUAACAUUAUUAAGAAGAGGGAAGUGCUUAGAUGUCAGUCUCAGCUACACUGGUGCAUCCCCAUCCACUUAAAAUGAGGUGUACUAGUUUAACCAGUCGGACUCUGUGACACUGUGAAACCAUCUGUCACAAAGGUCUUGAGCUUAAAACCUAGCGAUUUGACUACAAUAUUGUGUUCAUAUCAUAUUUGUCAGACUGAGUGCAAUGCAGAGAGGAAUAAACAAGAAUGGAAAAAAAUUGAAGGCAAAAAAUGCAACAAGGAAAUUCUGAAAUCUGGCUUGGAAUGGAAGAGAUGAGCCCAUUCAAAACAGUUACACUGGUAUGAAUGUAGUGUUACAAUGCCACUUAAGUUUUUCUGCCAUGAAGUCUAUUUAACAACAUGAUCCAUUAAAGAGCUGGUUUCCUAUCCCCACUGCUAACCACCAUCAUGCUGCUACCUUGUGUUCUCCCUGCUAGUCACUGGUUUGUCUUAAUGUGCAGGUAUUUAGGCAGCAAGAAUCAGCCCUUUUGCAUGUAUUAGGCAUAGCAUUGAGGUCAGGGCCAUGGUUGCUCCUGCACUGUAUAGUUGUACAGUGCAGCAGGUUACCACUGGGAGUGAAAAGGAGAUCAAGCUAUAAUGACUUAAGGCCUUAGGAUUGGCACCUGAAGAAAAAAAGGUAAGAGAUGGAGCUCUAACCUGUGAAACUAAUCUGGUCUUAAAGAUGGAGCAGAAAUAAGGGAAGUCUUAAAACUAAAGCCCAGAAGACUUGUUAUUACUUAAAGAAGACAGAGUUCUAACUUAAAGUUGGAGGAAAAAGCAGCUGGCCUUUUGGUCUCUUUUUAUUACAUGUGCUGGAAAGGGGUUGUGGAGUCUGGUGGCUCUUUUUAAUGUAAGCUCUCUUCCAUCAUUCUUUCCAUUAAAAGUGCAUCCUAGUAGAUCUGAGUGAAGUAAUUCAGGUGUGAGAGGAAGCACUGCCUUGAAAGAAGCCUACUGACUAGAGAUUUUAGAAGCCAUUUAUAUUUUGAAUUUCCUUACACCAAGUGUUUUUGGGUACUGACUCACAUGCUAGUGUGUUGGGAAAUGUAGAGUACUCACAUGCCAAAAACAACUUCAUCUAUUAUUUUUUUACUGUUCAUAGGUAUAGGGUCUUCUGACUCUGAAGGGGCUGGUGAUGGGAUUUUACUUUCAUGUUGGUUCAGUAUUAGGGCUUAAUAAAUACUUAGAUGAGCUCUUUAAUACCUCUUACACUAGGACUCUUUUCUUGUCUGGCUGGAAUAUAUAUUUUUUCAAGUGUUGUGUUUGGUAUAAAAGUCAUGUAUUUAACCUUACUUAUUCAUAGCUACAGUUCAAAGGAGGGAUAUCUUGUUUCGGGUUCAGGGGAGAGAUGGGUCUGUAUGCCUGGAUAAUGGGUCCAAAUCUCUAUGCAAGUUCUGCCCCUUGGCUACUGAGGGCAUGUGGGUUGGUAACUAACCAUCUGGUCAGAGAAUGACCCCCAUCACUGAGACUACAUAUGUCAUACAGCCUGGAAAUGAAACAAAAUGUAUUAUUUUAUUAUUAAAAAUAAAGUUCGCUGUUUUGUGAA